GAUCAAUCUCUUCAUAUAAAUAACUGGUAAAACUUUAUCUGAUUUCGGAAGUAUCGAUCAAUCAAACACCGUCCAAAUAUCGUGGUCGAUCUCGUUUUGGUUCGACCCUUUUAUACAUCUUUUAGACUCUAACGUUAGAACCCAAAAUAUCUACAUUUUAAUAUAUCUUUUGAUGGCAUGUGCACGCACUUGUAAAAAUGGAGAAGAGAAUUUCUGUUUUUUUUCUCUCUCUAUUCCCCACAACCUUCCUUCGUUCCUUGACCAUACAUCGAGCACGGGAUUUUUCUAGCCGCUCUCUCCAUCUGAUAUUUUCCAUCGAUUUUAUCCACACCAGCCUCUACUCAUUCCGAGAAAAUGCUGUCUCUGGAAAGAAUUUCUUUACACAGCCGUCGUCUUGGGUUCUUCAGGAAGCUAUCACUCAGCUGAUUUUUAUCUCUCGUACGUUCUGCCAGGGAGAAGAUUUUUCUUCCAUGGCCCUGGAUUUUUCAGCGCUCAGCGUCUUCCUCUGCCGCACGCCGGCAGCAGUUCUCCUCCCUCCAGCUCGCUGGCGUUAUCCUCUGCGCCGCUUUGGCUUACAAAAAUCCUGGCUGCCGGUGUUUAUCUCCUCACGGCGCCGCCCCUGGGACUCUUCAAAUACCCUGCCGUGCUCUCUCUCUUCUCUGUUCCUCUCGUUCCCUGACGAGCUGCCAUGGCGUCCUCGUCUGUCGCGGUAUCCCGGCUCCUCGCCCAGGACGGCACUCGGCCCUGCCCCUGCCCCAGCUUCCUGCGCGCCAUGGCGAUUUCUUCAAGCUCGCUCCAGCGCCGCUUCUUUUCCCCAACCGCGCCACGCGGCCUGUCUCCCUGUGCGCUCGAUUCAGUUCGUUUCCUCCCUGGACGCGCGCUCUGCAGCUUGUCGGAGCACCCUGCGUCGCGCCCAGGUGCUUUGCUUCUUGCUCGCCGUUCCAACUUCUCCUGCCAUGGAGCUCGCCGAGCCCUCCCCAGCCGUUCCUCCUCCUGUAGCUCGCCCCUGCGCGUGCGUCUUCUCGCGUCGUCCCUGCGUCGCGCGCGCGUUCCUUCCUGUGCGCGCCAGCAGCCGCGUCUCUCCGGUGUUUCCUCCCUGCGUGCGCGAAAUUUCCUUGCUCGCUGGGGCGCUUGGUCCGUGCUCCACUGUGCCGCUGUUUGUCUGCACGCGUCAAGCUCCCGUGCUGAAUCUAGCCCCAUGUUGACGCGUUCCUGUUCCAGCUUAUCGUGUUGCGUCGUCAUCACUUUCUGUCGCGAGCUCGAUUCCCGUUGUCAUCGGGCUUUAUGUGUGCUCGCGUUUGCCGUCGAGUCGAUGAACCCGUCAUCCCCUGCUCAACCCUACCCCGCCUGCUCGCUCCAGACACAAUCUCGUCAUCGUCCCGCGCGUCAUCAAGAAUCCCAAGAAUCGGGUGAAGACGAAGCUAGCAGCGCGAUAUUCCCCAAGCGCUCGACAAUUGCCUGGAUCGGAAAAUCACUACCGAUCUCGCGGAUUCGAAUCGGCUAUUGAAACGGUAAGCUAAUAAAUUAUCCAAAAUAGUUCGAUCGUUGCAUAAACUGAUGUGCUAGUACGAGGCGCAUUAAGGUGCUCGAUAAAUUGCGUAAGUCACGAACCUCUCGCCGACUUCACAGUUCUUGCGAUUAUCGAGCCAGAUUCAGCUAUGGCGAAUUAUUUCGCUAUUCUAGUCACUUAGCUGAAUUAGUGGACCGAGUAGAAUUGUGGUAGGCAUGUGUGAGGUUAAAAUAUUUUAAUCACUUAUAAAGAUGUAGUAUAAUUUAUAAAACAAGGGAUAAAGUUAGCAUUUAAUCAAUUAGCUGGUGAGUUGUGCAGGCUAAUUGUAUUUAAUGUGUAUAGUUGUUGUUCGUGAUGUUUGC